GAGAAAUCGAAGGAAGAGGAAGAGGGAAGAGGGAACUAUAAAUUGGAGUCGACUACAAAGCUGGAGUUUCGCUGUGGCGGCGUGGGGUCCUCUCUACUUUCAAAUUCUCCAAAAUUCCCAAUUCUCCCUCUCCAAUUUCCUCCGUGUUCCACCGCUCGCUCCAGGAACAUUCUAUGCUGCCUUUCUUCCUAUUUCUCCUUCCCAUUGACACUUGCUCCUUUCGCAGCCUUUAGCUCUGUGGCGUAUGCUCGCGGGUAAAUUAUAUUAAACCAAAAUGUCCCUCCUCAGUAGAUUCUUUUACAGAAGACCCCCAGAUGGGUUGCUCGAAUUUGUUGAGCGAGUAUACAUUUUCGAUUCGUGCUUUUCCACUGAUGUAUUGCCCGAUGGUAUGUACCAAAUAUAUCUGCAUGAAAUCAUAAACGAAUUACAUGAAGAAUUCCCAGACUCCUCCUUCCUUGCAUUUAAUUUUCGUGAAGGAGAGAAAAUGAGCCAAUUUGCAGAAAUGUUGUGCGAAUAUGAUGUCUCUGUGAUGGAUUAUCCUCGACAAUAUGAAGGGUGCCCUCUUCUUCCAUUGUCUUUAAUACAGCACUUCCUACGUGUUUGUGAAAGUUGGCUUCUGCUUGGUAAUCAACAAAAUAUCAUUCUUCUCCACUGUGAGAGGGGAGGUUGGCCACUCUUAGCAUACCUUUUAGCUAGCUUUUUGAUUUAUAGAAAAUUGCACAGUGGUGAGAGGAAAACUCUUGAAAUUGUACAUCGAGAAGCUCCCAAGGGGUUUUUGCAGCUCUUGUCACCAUUAAAUCCAUUUCCAUCUCAGCUCCGCUACUUGCAAUAUGUUGCAAGGAGAAAUAUAGUCUCUGAGUGGCCACCACCUGAGCGAGCACUCUCUUUAGAUUGUGUAAUUCUUCGUGGUGUUCCAGGUUUUGAUUCUCAGAAUGGCUGCAGACCAGUUAUUCGUAUCUUUGGGAGAAAUCUUUUCAGUAAGGGUGGGCUUUCCACACAAAUGAUUUUUUCCAUGCCCAAGAAAAAUAGGGUCCUCCGUCAUUACCGCCAGGUAGACUCUGAUGUGAUUAAAAUAGAUGUGCAGUGUUUGGUUCAAGGAGAUGUAGUGUUGGAGUGUUCACAUUUGGAACCAGAACCAGAAAGGGAAGUUAUGAUGUUUCGUAUAAUGUUCAACACAGCAUUUAUUCGAUCAAACAUACUGAUACUAACUUCUGAAAAUUUGGACAUUCUUUGGGAUUCAAAGGAACGCUAUCCAAAAGGCUUUCGAGCUGAGGUUUUGUUUGGGGAGGUAGAAUGCAUUUCCCCUCCAAGGGCUCCAACCACAAUUUUGAAUGGCGAAGAGAAAGGUGGAUUACCAAUUGAAGCUUUUUCCAGGGUUCAAGAACUUUUUAGUGGUGUGGAUUGGAUGGAUACCAAUGAUGAUGUUGCCUUGUGGCUACUGAAAAAUCUUUCUGCCUUGAGUGACGUGAAAGAAUUGUCAGGAUGGCAAACUAAAGCAAGUUCAUAUUCCUCGCCCGUGGAUUCUGAAGAGGAAAAUAAUACGUCUAGCACUGCUGACAGUUCAGAUGAAGUAUUCGAUAGUAUGACAAAGUCCUUCGUUGAUUUAGCUUCUGCCAAUUUUACAAUUCCAGCUCUGGUACGUUCUUCUGAAUUAUUGUCUGGCAAGAUCGGUGCUACUGAAGUGAAUGUUUCAUCAGAGUCUCCUCAAACUUUUGAUGAAUGUCAGGAUGAGGUCUUUUUAAAUAAAGAAUCUCUACCGUCUUCAUCACCUCCAUUAUCUUCUCAUAGCUCCUCACCCCCUCCUAUAAGUUCUUUAAUGCCAUCACAACUGUUGCCUCCUAAUGUACCAUCUACCGAUGUUAGUGGGGAACUUGUCUCGAACAAGAUGACACCCACUGUUAAAGUGAUUCCUCCUCCGCCACCGCCACCCCCACCACAACCUUUUUCUUCAUCUCAUAAUAAACCUCAUGUAGAAACUUCCAUGAGUUUUGACUCCACGUCCAUAACAGUGCAUGGGAUACCCUCUCCUUCGCUUUCACUUGUUCAUAAAUCCUCUAGUGCUCCUCCACCCCCACCUCCACCUCCCCCUCCCCUCCCAAAAACAACUGGUGUUCCACUGCCACCUCCUGCUUUUGUUGAAAAAUCUUCUAGUGCUCCUCCACCUCCCACUCCACCUCCAGUUCCGAAUUCUUUUGGUGCUCCCCCGCCUCCACCUCCACCUCCACCUCUAAUUCCAAAAUGUUCUAGUGCUCCUCCACCUCCUCCUCCGCCUCCAAUUUUGAAAUGUUCUAGUGCUCCUCCACCUCCACCUCCACCACCUAUUCCAAAGUCUUCUAGUGCUCCUCCAACCCCACCUCCUCUUCCAGAAUCAAAUCGUGGCAUGACACCAGUUCCACCUCCUCCACCACCAAAACCUCCUGGUGUUGAGCCACCAAGUCAGGGUACUAAACCAACUAGGCCUCCUCCACCUCCUCCACCAACAAAGGUGUUUAGUUCUAAUCCUCCGACAAGUCGUGGUGCUACACCAAUGCCACCCCCUCUGCCCGGAUCAACACGGUCAAAUGUACCACCCCCUCCUGAUGGAAGGGGGAAAUCUUCUCCAGGAUCAACAACUCAAGGAAGUGGUCGAGUUGCUACGGGAGCUGUAAAUGCUCCAAAGAAAACCACUUUGAAACCAUUGCACUGGGUAAAAGUUACUCGAGCAAUGCAAGGGAGUUUAUGGGCUGACUCACAAAAGCAGGAGAAUCAAUCAAGGGCCCCAGAAAUAGACAUCUCUGAACUUGAAAGUCUAUUCUCAGCAGCCUCUGCAUCUGAUGGAAGUGGCAGCAAAAGUGGAGGACGACGUGCUUCCAACAUCAACAAACCUGAAAAAGUGCAACUGAUUGACCUACGGAGAGCAUAUAACUGUGAAAUCAUGCUCUCAAAAGUAAAGAUUCCCUUACCGGAUAUGAUAAAUUCAGUUCUUGCAUUGGAUUCUUCUGCUCUUGAUAUUGACCAGGUUGAGAAUCUCAUCAAGUUCUGUCCUACUAGGGAAGAAAUGGAAACGUUGAAGAAUUAUACAGGUGACAAAGCAAUGCUUGGAAAGUGUGAGCAGUUUUUUCUCGAGUUAAUGAAGGUCCCACGAAUAGAGCCCAAGUUACGAGUAUUUGCUUUCAAAAUUACCUUUUCAAGCCAGGUGAAGGAUUUGAGAUAUAAUUUGAAUACAAUAAAUGAUGCUACAAGAGAGGUCAAAGGAUCUGAAAAAUUGCGUCAAGUAAUGCAAACAAUUCUUACAUUGGGGAAUGCAUUAAACCAGGGUACUGCUCGAGGCUCUGCUAUAGGUUUUAAGUUGGACAGCCUUCUUAAAUUGUCUGAUACUCGGGCAAGAAACAACAAAAUGACUUUGAUGCAUUAUUUAUGUAAGCUCCUUGCAGAGAAAAUGCCAGAGUUACUUGAUUUUGACAAGAACCUUGUUCAUUUAGAAGCUGCCUCUAAGAUUCAAUUGAAAGCAUUGGCUGAAGAAAUGCAAGCUGUGAGUAAAGGUCUUGAAAAGGUGGAGCAAGAGCUAACUGCUUCUGAAAAUGACGGUGCUAUCUCUAUUGGUUUCCAGAAGGUUCUGAAGAAUUUUCUUGAUACUGCUGAAGCUGAAGUAAGGACACUCAUCUCCUUAUAUUCUGUAGUGGGGAGAAACGCUGAUUCAUUAUCCCAGUACUUUGGCGAGGAUCCAGCUCGGUGCCCCUUUGAGCAAGUGACUCAAAUAUUGAUAGUUUUUGUUAAGAUGUUCAAGAAGUCACGCGAAGAAAAUGUAAGGCAGGCUGAUGCUGAAAAGAAAAAAAUAGAGAAGGAAGCCAUGAAAGAAAGAAGUUUUGUAAAAGCAAAGUGAGACCAUCUUAUGUUUUUGGUAGAAGGUAGUGCCAGAUCAGCCUCAUUGGUUAAUUAAGUCAAACGCCUGACGAUGUGCAAAUGUAAAUAUCAGAUGUGUGAAUCACUGACUUCCAUCGAAGGUUGGCUCUUCGCCUUCCUGCAUUACCAUUUCUUUCAUUGAUAUUGUUUUGUAAAUAUACCGUGAUCCGACUCGGGGAGUGGUUGCAGUUUGCCAAUCUGAACUCGACACUGUCAUUACGGUAACAGAACUCCUCAAAGAAAAAUAUGUAGAUCUUUGUACAGGUAAAUAUCAUGGAUAAAUUCCUCUCGCUUUCGAUAUUAUUGGAUUACAGGUUGGUAGUUCAGUUUGACUCAUGGUGCGUUUUGCUGCACAUAUACUGUAAAGAAAUUGGUGCAAAGUUUUCUUGUCAAGGACAACACUUCCAUCUUGAACAUCAUUAAUUUCAGUAUGAAGACACAGUAUUCCACGGAAGUGCGUGUCAAUGACUCCCCUCAAGGAAACAGAAAGAGAGAAAAACAACCUUUUUGACCUUUAGAAAAAAAGCAACCAUUGGGACCUUGAGAGAGAAAAAAAAUAAUAAUAUGAUAAAAUAAAUAAAUAAACUCCCUUUUGUCAACUUGAAUUUA